AUGUGUAAAAAACGUGCAGCAGCAGCGUUCCUGCUGUUAGUGCUGACCAUAAUUGGCAGUUAUACCACACAGGGUGAGCAACAUCCAGCGACGGCGGAUGAAGGUCCGCUAUCGGAGGUGCAAACCGCCGUGGGGCUGGAGGUGGCGCUGCCAUGUGACCUAUUGCCGGGCACCAUGUCGGCUGAUAAGGUGCAAUUGGUCAUCUGGUAUCGACAGGGCAACGUCAAGCCAAUUUAUACCUUUGACGCGCGCGGCCGUCCACUGCAUCAGGCCAUACCCUGGGCGGACGAGAAUGUCUUCAAGAACAAGGCGCACUUCUACUACGACACAAAUCCGCCGGCGCUGCGCAUUAAGAACAUACAACUGAGCGAUGCGGGCCUCUAUAAGUGUCGCGUGGACUUUCAUAAAUCACCGACGCGCAAUUGGCGCAUUAAUGUGACAGUCUUAGUGCCGCCCACACGCUUAACAAUACUGGAUCACAAUGGCGCUGAAAUACGCGACCAAUUGGCCGGUCCCUACUUGGAGGGCGACAGCGUUAAUCUGACGUGCCUGUCCAGCGGUGGUGUGCCGCCGCCGCGCGUCUCCUGGUGGCGCGAACACGCGCUCGUCGACGACUCCUUCCAUGUGCAGCCAGAUGGCACCGUUCGCAAUAUACUACACUUGAAAAAUAUCGCACGGAAGGAUUUACUAACGGUUUACACGUGCCAAGCGAGUAACGGACAUGUUGUGGCGGCUCUGACGAGGAAAGUUGUGCUGGACAUGAACUUACCGCCACUAAGUUUGCUGCUGCAAGGUCUAAAUCACGCGCUCAUCGCUGGCACGCGCACACAUGUGACCUGCACCGCAGUGGGCGCACGACCAGCGCCACAAAUUGUGUGGAAAAAAUCGGGGCAGGUGCUCAAGGGAGCAACACAGUCGACUUCCAGUGAUGGCAACACCACCGUCUCCGAGCUGAUGCUUAUACCGGUGCCCGAGGACAACGAGCGUCAAGUAGUCUGCUCCAUUUCAUUAAAUCCAUCUAUAACGUCGCAGCAGCUGCACGAGGGCGAUACGACCGUGUUGACGGCGCAGAGCAAUGGCAAUAUGGGAUUGUAUUUGAAGGAUUCGCGCGUGCUGAAUGUGACACAUGCACCCAUUGUCUCGCUGCGCUUGGGCGCACCUCUGGAUCCGAACAACCUGCUAAAGGGCUCCGAUGUCUACUUGGAGUGCGAUGUAAAGGCGAAUCCGGGCAUAACCCGGGUCGAGUGGUAUCACAAUGACAAACAGCUGCAUCUCUCACGCGGUGUUAUCAUCUCCAAUCAGACGCUCGUGCUGCAAGGAAUUUCGAAAAUAUCACACGGCCAGUACUUCUGUCGUGCCACAAAUAUACAAGGAAGUGUGUCCAGCAAUGAAGUCUAUUUGGAUGUGAAAUAUCCGCCCGUAUGCAAAGCCGAAUCGACGACCAUACGCGCCGCCCUCAAGCAGACCAUCAACAUUACGUGUCAAGUGGACUCGAAUCCACUUGAUAAUCUAAAUUACAGAUGGCAUUUCAACAAUUCACUAGAGAGGCUCAUCGAAUUGCCCGCAACGUUGGCGACGGCGCCGGCCGCUAUGCCGCUACUGCUCUAUUCGGAUGUUGGUGGUGCAGCUGGAGGGCACACAUCCGGCGGAUAUUAUCAGCGUAGCAAGCGGAAGCAUGGUCAUGCGCAAAAAUUUCUGCUCGGCCGACAUGGACGUGUUGCGGCGGCCGCCAGUGUAUUGGGCAGCGGCAACGUCGCCGGAAGCGCCUGGUCCAACAUUCGUUUCGAAGAUGUCGACGAACAGCAAAUGCCGCCCCACCAAUAUGUCGAUGAGUACGAUGACGGUGAAUUUAUAGACAACACUAACAGCAACAACGACGACGACGACGAGGAUAUGGGGCUCGGCGGCGAUGUGGUCGCUAGCGUGCCGCGUACCCAAAUGGUUUAUUCCAAUAUGAUUUAUAAAAACCAUUUGGAUAACCGACAACAACAACAACAGCAACAACUGCUGCAGCCGCAACACGCACAGCACACACACCAACAACAACAACAGCUACAGCAGCAAUUUUCGGCGCACCAACAUCAACAGCAAGGCCGCAUGGCUGGCGGCAUCGGUGGUGGUGGGCCGUUGGGUGGCGGCGCUCAUGACAUGCUCCCACAUGGCAAUCAAUUUCAGUUGGCCGAACGCAAACGACUCACGGCAGCGCUGCACAAAAAACAACAUCAUCGUCCAAUGGCCGGUGUGUCGAUGACCACGCAGCCACCAGCGGCGCCACCGCUGAACAACGUCUACAGCUACCACAUAGAUUCGUACGAUAGUUUCGGCGCGAUCUCGUGCGUGGCCAGCAAUGCGAUGGGCCACAGCGAGCCCUGUUGGUAUCACAUACAGCCGGCAGACUUUCCCGACCCGGUGAAGAACUGCACGGCCUACAAUGCCACCGCCAACUCCAUACAAAUCCAGUGCAUCGCCGGCUAUGACGGCGGCAUACCGCAGCACUUUCACGUGCAAAUCAAGGACGAACUCACCAAUCAAAUACUCUACAACACUUCCUACAAGUACGCCGAGUUCACCAUCAAGCGACUGCCGAGCGAUUCGGUCUUCGUGAUACGCGUAACGGCCGUGAACGCACAAGGACCGAGCAAAGUAGCAUACCGCGUGCGCGGACGCACACUCUCCGCACCGCUGCUGCGUACCGCCUCCUCCACCGCUGUGUUGGUGCAGCUGACACCGCUGCUCGGCGCCUUGCUGGGCAUUGUCGCCACGGUCGUGCUGAUCGCUAUCUGCAUUGUGAUUUUCCUACGUGUACGCCCGAAGGCGACGCGUCGCCCGAACGGUGAUACCACCACCACGGAGGCGGAUAAGGGCAGCGCCGAGCCGCUGUCGCGUAACAUGGGCAGUCACUCGAGCUUGGAGGACAAGAAUCCCGAUGUCGUCCCGCAAGAGACAAACAGCGAGGAUGAAUUUCACUUGGAGGAGAAGGCGUUCGAUCGGCUGAACAUAGAGUCGCAGCGCAUACUGUACACGCCACCGACGCGCAUUAAUACGGCGUCUCCGCCACCGCCUUCGCUGUCGCCCACAUUUGGCAAGCAGUAUGGCGAACUCUCGCUCACCACCAAUCCCGCCUUCAGCCUGUACAACACGCCACAGCGCGCGCCCGCCGCCCAACGCCCCGUCUACACCGCACCACCGCCGCUGCUCUCCACACGCACGCCACCCAACAUCUACACACGCAUACCCGGCCGCUCCUACCUGCCCGCCUACGAGACGCGCACCUCACCCACCUCACCCUACGGCUCGACCACCACCUGCACCAUACCGCUGCUCAGCGGCCAAUCCAACGGCUCUCUACAAACGAACAGCAGCACGCUGGGCAGCACUUCGGGCGGCGUCGGCACCGGCGGCAUGGGCGGUGGCAGUCUCACCAGCAACGCCAGCAGCGGCAUGCACUGCAACACCUUGCCACAUCCGGGCGCUUUGCAGCAUCACGCCUCGGCGGCCGCAGCUGCCGCGGCGGUGGCAUCCAUGACGACAAAUGGCAUGCCCUCGACGCUCACCUCAUCGAUGACAUCGGGGAAUAUUAGCCUGGCCGCAACACAGUCGCUGCUCACAUCGCCGCGCACUCACAAUGGCGCCGGCGUUGGUGGAGCUGGUGGUGGCAGCGGCGCGCUCUCACUUGGCGGCAUGAGCAUGGGCAUGUCGGCGGCUACAGCGGCUGCAACGACGGCCGGCAUGCCGUUACUCAACUCAUCGUCCGCGUUGCUGGGCAGCGGCAACUAUGAGACAGUGGCCUCCUGA